CGCUUCUCCUCACGUCCGUACCGUAGUUAGCUUCACGUUUCAGAGCCGUCAACCAUGACGUGACUUUCAGUCUCACGGCUUCUAGUCUUCAAAAAAAAAAAAAUAAAUAAAAAUGCGUCGACACCUUCGUCUUGUGUCCGUGUGUGUGAUCUCGGUGUUCGUCUCGGUGCUGUACGUGUUUGAGGAACUCGCGUCGUCUCUGGAGACUGAAGCCGGACGGCACGAGCCGCUACGGGAGAGAAGCGGGCGGGCAGGAGGCCUCAGCCGGCCUCAGUCUGAGCACAGAGCCUAUUUUUCUCGUUCUGUCAGGUGUAAGUCAAUGUCUGUCACACACUGGAAUCCAUAUUGGAGACUGCCCCGUGAUGUUUGUGGAAAGAACUGCUUUAUGGAGUCGGCUCGUAGGUAUUCUGUGGAUAAAACAUUGUCCGCGGUGCUCGAGGUGGGCGGAACUGAGAUGCUCAGGUUGGCAGUGGUGGCAUGUGGCCCCAGGCUGGAGGAGACUCUCACCAUGCUCAAGUCUGCAGUUCUCUUUAGUCGCAGAACUCUCCAGUUUUACAUCUUUGCUGAGGAUGAGCUCCAUUCUGGCUUCAGAGAUGCUUUGGAGUCGUGGCCAGUAAAGUUCCGUUCCAAAUUUAACUACACUACCUACCGCAUCACCUUCCCCGGUGAUAAUGCCAAGGAAUGGAAGAGACUGUUUAAACCCUGUGCAUCCCAAAGACUUUUCCUGCCUCUGAUCCUAACUGAGGUGGAUUCUCUGCUCUACGUGGACACAGACAUCCUGUUCCUACAGCCAGUAGAUGAGAUCUGGAACUUUCUCUCCCAGUUUAACAGCAGCCACUUGGCAGCCAUGGCACCCGAGCACGAGGAACCGAGAAUCGGCUGGUACAACCGUUUUGCACGGCACCCGUAUUACGGCAAAACUGGCGUGAACUCUGGAGUCAUGCUUAUGAACAUGACCCGCAUCAGAGCCAAACGCUUCAAGAACGAUAUGACAACAGUCCACCUGAGAUGGAGGGAACUGCUUAUGCCACUACUACAGAAAUACAAGCUGAACAUUACAUGGGGGGACCAAGACCUCUUAAAUAUCAUAUUCCACUACAAUCCAGAAAGCCUGUUUGUCUUCCCGUGCCAUUGGAACUACCGCCCGGACCACUGCAUCUACGGCAGCAACUGCGCCGCAGCCGAGCAACACGGGGUUUACGUUCUUCAUGGCAAUCGAGGUGUUUACCACGAUGACAAGCAGCCUGCGUUCCGAGCCGUUUAUGAGGCCAUUCAGAAAUUCCCAUUCGGAGAAGAUGCGAACAAAUUUCUACUCAAGCCUCUAGAGGAAAAACUAAAGAAAACCCUGCACACGUACUGCGGACGAUCCGGUCACCUUUUCACUAAGAGGUUACAGCAGAGCGUCAGAAACCUACAGAAGGAAAACCACAACGCGAGAUGAUGCAGCUCGUCCAUCUCUGCUUCACGUGAGUCUACAGAGCUGCUGAGGAGAAGUGAACAGCGGUGCAAAUCAGGUCGUCCCGAUUGUCCCGUACGGCCGAAACGGAAGUAGAAACGAGGCACUAAAAUCACUUUUACAUGGUAUCAGGAAGAGUCAAAUUUCUACAAACAUUUUUUUCCUCACUACAUCCCUGUUUGCUUUUAUUUUUUUUUCUUUUAAUCAACUAACGAUGAAGCUAAUUAAGCGCGUCGGUACCGCAGGCUGUGAAUCGUUUUCCGAGCACUAACGUGGAACGUAGAGUAAAAUUUCCUCACCUUAAACAUUACGCCUCAUUUCUAUCGAGGGAUAGAUAAAUACAUUUUAUCUACUGUUUCGAAUUCAUUUUUUCUCGUAACGUUGUAAGAUCGCUGGUUUGUACGAUUAGCAAAUGAGCCUCUGCGUGAACGAGGGAUAAUAUGGGAAACUAAUGGGUACGAACAAUGAGGUACAGGCAUCAGUUAAGCUUACUAACUUAUAGAUACGACGAUAAUAAACAUUCACUGGUGAGUUAAGAAGCAAGUUUUCACAGCUACAUUUACAGGUUUUAAGUGUUAUACGUUGAUUUCAUGUUAAAAUACAUGACCGUAUCCUCGAAGGCUUGGCCAUGUCUACACACUACAGGUAUUUAAACACAUAUCAUUUUGUUCUUCAAAGUAAACGGUCCAAAUGCAAAAGCCUGGUUGUUUUUGUUCAUAUAUAAAUUUUCUCAUAAAAUGAGAAUUAAGCAAAGAACAUGAGGCAUGAAACACCAAAUUUAGACAGGUUUAGUUUGUAUACUUCUGAUGGUGGCGCUAUAAUAUAGUGCUUAAAGGUGCAGUGCACGAUGUUUCAAAGCCAACGUUGACGUUUGAAACCACCAAAACAAACACGCCCCUAACCCAAAAUGGGUGUCACCCCUGUAUUGAUAGCUCCGCCCCACACGUACAUAUGUAACCCAGGCAACUAUUAUGGCGGAACCUGCUGGGGCGGCUGGCCGAGGGGAUAUUUUUAUCAGUAAAUGAACACAAUGAGUAAUACUAUGGUAAUACAAAUGUGUUUUUGUAGUACUGUGUGUUGUAGCGUGAAAGGUUUAGCUCCGUUUCACGCCGAAGACGACGUUCGACACCUAGAACCCGAGGCAGAGGUAACGGCAGGUAUCCGCCAUGUCAGUGUUUCAAACGCUUUCUGCUAAUGUCACACAUGAGCACUGAACACUCUCUCCACCGCAUAUUGACAAGACACGCCCCUUUAUGCUAAUGUCACACAUGCACACUGAACACUCUCUCCACCGCAUAUUGACAAGACACGCCCCUUUAUGCUAAUGUCAGACAUGCGCACUGAACACUCUCUCUGCCGCAUAUUGACAAGACACGCCCCUUUAUGCUAAUGUCACACAUGCACACUGAACACUCUCUCCACCGCAUAUUGACAAGACACGCCCCUUUAUGCUAAUGUCAGACAUGCGCACUGAACACUCUCUCUGCCGCAUAUUGACAAGACACGCCCCUUUAUGCUCAUUGGCUACAUGUUUGUUUUGUUUGUCGGCCCGACUCGGUUUUCUGAAGCAUUUUUCAAACAUCGAGCACCGCACCUUUUAAUGUUUCUCUUUUUUUAAAAAUUUUGGAAUCUGGACUAAUUUAUCAGUUUUGAUAUGUUCACGAACAUAUUUGCAUUUGCAGUUCUCUGUAACCUUAAAAACAACAGAAAGGUCUUAAAAGGGCAAAAUAUUUAAAAAAAAAAAAAAACUAAUACACAAUUAUUUUUUAAAUUCCAGUUAGCGUACAAGACAAACGAUAAAAAUAAAAUGUAAUAAAUAAAAUGGUGAGGGAUUUAUUUUUUUUUGGGCCUCGUGAUCAGAGUUCAUUCAUCAGUAUUUUAAGCCCUCAUGGUUUCGAGCUUUGUUUAGCGAAUUCUGACGGGUUUAAAAGUGUUCAAGCGUAUUUCUGUUUUUGAUUUUAUUACCGAAUGUUGGCCAUAACACUUAAUGUAGUGCCAUGCAAAUAUUUUUAAUAUUCUACACUACUGUACAUCCCCUGGCCUUUAAAUCUUCUGUGGUAUUGUUUACAAUUAAUAAUAUAUCAGUGCAUUUUACGACGGAAAAUCAAUCGAAUAAAGAUUAAACGGAAUGAUUUUUUUUUUUAAUAUCAUACUUUGUUCAUUAACGUUCUUGAAACAUGUGACCGGUUCUUUACAAACACUAGAGAUGUGUCGGAGAAGGAAGGCGACGGGCAGCCGGUGUUAAACUCGACGUUUACAGAAAUGAAGAAAACAUGUUUAACUUCUCAGCCACCUUUUCAGUCUGAAAUCGAAACUUCACUGUCGGUUUUGUAAGAAAAGUCGGACUGAUCGAAUCCGUCUCUUUAAGCAUUUGUUUUGUGUUCCCACUUCGACAUGUAAUAUUGAGCGACGAGCCAGAAUGCAUACUGAUGUUUUUUUUUUACCAUCCGCACUGAAUAGUAUUGUAUAUUUCUGAUGUACAACAGAUCCAUAAAUUCUGUGAGACAGAAUUUAAUUCUGAAUAUAGAACAUAUUUUAUAUAGUCUGAUUUCCAUGUCAUCAUGAAUAUUGUCUGUUCGUGUUCAUUGUGCUACCUUUUUUUUUCCUGAAUGUAAAUGUUGUGAACGAUGCAGUAUAUUUUU